AUGGCUUUCCAGGAUGCAUUUUACUUCGACAAGAACGGCUUGGGCUUGUCGGAAGACCUGCCCUUUCCUCUUGACUCCUCUCUCUACCGGGAGAUCAACGUCGGCGAUGCCCUGGACGAGCGCAUGCCAGAGUUGAAUGCUGUUUUUUUGAGGCCUCGACUGGUUGAGGUGACCCCGACUGCGACAUUGGGGUUGCCGAACACCCUCCUCACGUCACAGCAUCCAGGUCCUAGCUCACCUUGGCCCAAGCCUGGUGAUGUGGAGCCCCGCCAUAAGGCAGUGAAGGUGAGCCAUGCUCAUCACAGGAACCAUCGGAAGGUUGCACCACGGCGACACCACCGCAUGGGACGGGGUACAUUUGACUUCACCGUUGUGUUCUCCGGCUAUGACCACGACAAACAUGCGGACUUCGAGCUCGUGCCACGUGUCAUCGGCAAGGGUGGCUGCAACAUGCUUCCUUUCCCGCGCAUGGGCGCCUCUGCUCGCGUUUGUGGCCAAGGCAGUGGGCUUAGUGAAAGCGAGGCGAAUGCUGGCACUCACGGUGAACCAGAUGAUAGACUGCAGCUAGUAGUCUGUUGCAGCACGAAGGAUGUCAUGGACGAGGCCAUGCAGUGGGCCCAGAAUUUCCUCGGUGAACUUCGAACUCAUUUCCGCCGCUUUUGUCGCAAGAAGGGCUUCCCUUGUCCCGAGUUGUACUGCAUGUACAGCCGGAGCGACCAUGACUGUGCUUGGACAGGCCCUGAGGAAGCUGCUGGAAUCUAG